GUAUUACGUAAAUGAAAUUGAGCUAUUAAUUUAUAUUGGAAUUCUAUGUGUCACUUAUAAAAUGAAUUUCCAACAAAUAAGCAGCUCACAUGUAUUUCAACAACCGACUAGCAUCUUACUUUCCAAAAUGCCAAAAGCUUUUCUAAUAAAAAGAGAAUCAUGCUGUUUAGUUAACGGCUCGUGUAUUUUACAAACGUCUCCAUGUCAACAAGACACCAAAUAUAAUCAAUUACUUGCAUCCAGUGAAUUUGCACCUAAUGAAUCUUAUAAUAAAUCAUGUCAAUGGAAUGUAAACUUUACGGUAAAAGCCGAGAAUAUUUGUAAAUUCCGUGGCCUAAAAAUAAACAGUGUCAAAACAAGUUCGAGUUUCAGCAUUAAAGACAUUUUACUAAUGGAUAAAAACAACGAUCUUCCUAAAGAAAAAACAAAAACUUCGUUUGGUGUUCAAAAUUGUUAUCAGUACCAUAGUUUAUCGUCAGAUGAACUUAUUCCAUCUCCACAAGCUAGUAUUUUGAGUAUAGAAGAAGACAACGAAGAAAUUUGUUCUUCUAUUUAUCCUGAAAAUACAACCAAGAUCUUUUUUCCAAAAAUAAACAAUUCUUCAAACAUUAUAAACACUUUUCGUCAGUAUCAGUGCGAGAUUUGUCUCAAACAAUUUCAAAGGUCAAGUAGUUUGUCUAACCACCGUCUUAUUCAUAAAAACAAUAAAUCCUAUCGAUGUAAACAAUGCGGUACUUGUUUCCUUCGUAAAUCGGACUUAGAAAAGCACACUAUUAUUCAUAGUGGAAACAAACCAUACCAAUGUCACACUUGCGGAAAGCGAUUUAGUCAAUCUUCAAAUAUGUUAACGCACCAGCGCAGACAUACCGGUGUCAGGCCUUACUCUUGCAGUUUUUGCGGAAAAUGUUUUUAUCGAAAAGUCGAUGUUAGAAGACACGCCACUAUACAUAGAGCGCAUUAAACACUUUCUGGUUAUUUUUAAUAGUUUGGAUAAGCUUACCUAAAAAUACAAAUAUACACACAUAAGUUAUAAACUAAAAAAUACUAAAUUAUUUUGUAAAAACAAGACGUUGUUUUAUUUGUCGGCUCAUUCCAUUUGUUAGAGUUUCUCAAAAAUUUAAUAACUAUCUUACAGCUCAGUUAAAUAUAAAUUUAUUCACUUAUUUAAGUUAUUUUUAUUAUUAUUUUUAAAUUAUUGUACACUUAAAAUAAAUUAUUUUGCAAGGUAUAUUUAAUAUAUGAACUGUUCAAUCACGUGAUACUAAUUAAUUUGUUAUGAUCAAGUUCAAUUAUCGCUA